AUGGCGAUACGAGCAUACGCCGAUACCGGGGAGAUAACAGUACCCCUAAUACAUCCACUCCUUCUCAAGCGAGCCCAAACCAUGCAGCAGGAGUUCUCCCAACUUGAAUCCAAAAUCGCUGGCGGCAGCUACGACGCAGAAACCAACCGCAAAUUCUCCACCGUCUCUGGAAUUCUCGAGCACCUCGACCGCUACAACAAGGACAUUGCUACCAUAGAAGGCCUCCAAGAGAUCCAAGAUCCCGAAUUGAUGGACGACGUGCAACAGGAAUUGGAAUCCAUUCUUCCCAACCUCAUGCGCUCCACCACUAUUUUACAAAAUAAGCUCUUACCGCCCAUUAAACACGCAGACCUACCGUGCAUUCUCGAGUUACGUCCUGGGGUGGGUGGAUCAGAGGCGGCGCUUUUUACCGCCGAUUUGGCCAAUAUGUACCUCAAUUUUGCCAAUCAGAUGCGGUGGAAACACCAGGUGCUUCUGAAACACGAGAGCAGCAGCGGCUUUGUCAAUGAAUUUAUUCUCAGCGUGGACGAACCUGGUGCCUACAACCGGUUACGGCACGAGAGCGGAAUCCAUCGAGUGCAGCGGAUUCCUGCCACGGAGUCCAAAGGUCGGAUUCACACGUCGACAGCCGCGGUGGUGGUACUUCCCAAAUUUAGCGAUGGGGACGAGAAAUCUCUUGCGGCAGACGAGCGCCUGUUUAAGCCGGGCGAGGUACGGGUCGAUACGAUGCGGGCGGGUGGCAAGGGUGGCCAGCACGUCAAUACUACCGACUCGGCGGUGCGGUUGGUGCAUCUUCCUACGGGGAUCAUGGUGAUGCAGCAGGACGAACGAUCACAGCCGCGGAACAAAGCCAAGGCAUUUCUGAUCUUGAGAGCCCGGCUUGCAGCGUUAGAGCGAGAUAAGGAGGUUGCAGAGCAGAAGAAGCUUCGGACGGAUCAGGUGUCGUCUACCGAUCGGUCCGACAAAAUCAGAACUUAUAAUGUACCUCAGAACCGGGUGACGGACCAUCGGUGUAACUAUUCAGUACAUGAUGUGGAUGGCUGUAUGCAAGGGUACAGACUUGGAGAGAUUAUUGAUAAGGUGGAGGAGGGAGAAUUCGAGGACCGGUUGCAGGAGCUUAUCGGGCACGUGGGUGGUGGUAUUUGAAAUGAUUUGGCUACUUGAUCAACGGCUACUCGAUCAUGGAGCUGAACGAUAGUAAUGGAGUUCAUCUCUUCGACACUUUGACAUCGCUUUUAGAGGUCAUAUUCCACUCACUGAUCCAAUUUCUCAGUGGGUGUAUGGGUCAGAACUUGAAAAUUUCUGACCGAAAAUUUCUGACCCAUACACCUGGCCUCAUGUGCCUGUGCCUUUGUCCCUGCGUAUUUCAUUGUAAAGUCACAAAUACAGGUGACACCUGUAUAUCUUU